UUCCAGAACAUUUUAAUGUGCUGCUGAUUUUCUCAUUUGGGUCAGAAAAAGUCAAGAGAACGGAGUCCAGCUGCUCCCAAGUAGCUGACAUACAUACUGAAGUAUACACACAUAAAUACAAAUACACAGGAACUCAAAAUAAAAGAUUUGUUACAGGAUCGUCUGAACCCAAGGCUACGGACAGCAGAACAACAAUCAAAUGACUUCCGAGUGGUUCAACUUUAAAUUGUUCCUGAUUCAUUUUCUAUCAGUCAGCAGAACACAAUUUAAUUGAACUGGACUCAGCGACUGAACAGGAUAUUGACAAACACACAUUCUGAGCAGAGAAGAAGACGAGUGGUUGGACAGGAGGAUGAAGGUGGUCAGGCAGACAGACACAGAGCCUCCUUUCUUUCACCAUCAAAGGCUUCAAUAUCCAGCUGAACUGGAACAAACAUUUAAUCACAUUUACCUUGUCUCUGAAGUUAAUUAAGUUUUAGUGACUGUCUGUCGGUGUGUGGGAACCAGCAUCACACACAGGAAGUCAGAAGAAGCGUUUACACAUUGUGUUAAUGGACUGUGACAAUAUCUUCAAUAUUGUUAAUAGAUUUAUCAGUUGAAUGUAGGAGUGUGUUCAAAUGGGUUUGGUGUUUAAAGAUAUGUAUGUCCAUAUACAUUUACUCACCAAUAGUCACAUUCACAUUUUCUAGCAUAAGUUUUUUGGUUCAGUUCAGUUUCGUGUCUUUGUGGGUUUCGGUUGGAACAAGUAUCGGUACCGCGGCGCCUCCUAGUGGAUAAAUCCAACCACGACAAGGAGCAAACAGAAACCCAGGCAGAGUGACUGCUCUGUCAAUACACGAUCUUUGUAGCCCAAUGCCUGUUUCCGUAUAGAAAUGUUUGUCUGAGUGAAUCCUCUCGCCGACAGACGAUCUUGGUCUUUUCCCUGUCCCCUCUCAGCUGACUCCCGGUACCAUACCAGGAGAUUUUACCUUCUACCGGCCGGUGUUUCUCCUCCUGCGGGCUCUUCUCUUCUCUGUUUGCCGUCAGGACUUUUUGCGGGAUGUUAGCAUGUUGUGAUUCAGCCUGCGAGCGAUGAAUGAAACGAGCACCGAGCGGACCGGGCCGACGGAGGUUCUGUUGACGUCGGGCUGCCGAGCCCCGCUGACCGGGCCGGUGGGAGGAUGGAGCCGAGGCUGAGAGAUGAUGGCAAGCCGUCCGUGUCCCGGUUCCUCGGCUCGGCCCUCAUCUUCUCCAUCCUGGCCGUGUUAGCGAGCUGCCACGGGACGUGCAAACAUCGAGUCCCCGCUCCCAGCGAGGUGGUCCAUCAUGUGUACCUGAAGCCUGAACGUUUGACUAAAAGAAGCUCUCCUGACGACCUACAGCUCAAGAUAAAGAUCAUCUACGACUACAGUGUGGACCAACUUCCUGCUGACAAGAGGAGGCUGGUGAAGGAUAAGCUGUUUCCUCAGGCCAUUGAUUACCUGCAGAGAGCAUUCAGUGUGAGGAGGAAGGUGGGCCCUGUGCUGCUCAGCAGACAAUGUGCCACCAACCAGUACCUGAGGAAGAGAGAUGACCCUCAUCGUUACUGUCAGGACGCCUGUGCAGACGUCACUCGCUGUGGCCCGGUCAUCGUCCCACAGCAUCACCUGCAGCAAUGUAAGGUGUGCAGUGAAUCGGGGAAGUCCUGUGGCCCUCUGGGGCCCCCUGAUGGUCCUGGAGUUGAAGGGUCAGAUUUUGUGCUGUACGUGAGUGGAAUCACCACCGAGCGCUGUGGACAGGAGAACAUCGUGGCCUACGCUGCUUAUUGCCAGCUGGAGGCAGAGCUGGACAGGCCAAUAGCGGGCUACGCCAACCUGUGUCCCAACAUGAUCUCAUCUCAGCCUCAGGAGUUUGAAGGGAUGCUGUCCACCGUCAAACACGAGAUCAUCCACGCUCUGGGGUUCUCAGCAGGCCUUUUUGCCUUCUACCAUGAUGAUGAUGGUAAACCUCUGACUCCUCGCUUUGCCAGCGGCCUGCCUGCCUUCAACGAGAGUCUGGGUCUGUAUCAGUGGAGUGAAGCCGUGAUCAGGAGGGUCAGCAGGCUGUGGGACAUCAGAGGAGGCGACAUGGUCCGACACCAGGUCCACGUCCUCGUCACACCUCGAGUCGUGGAGGAGGCUCGCAGACAUUUUAACUGUCCCAUCUUGGAAGGGAUGGAGCUGGAGAACCAGGGCGGGACGGGGACAGAACUGAACCACUGGGAGAAGAGACUGCUGGAGAACGAGGCGAUGACGGGCUCCCACACUCAGAACCGGGUGUUCUCUCGGCUAACUCUGGCCAUCAUGGAGGACAGUGGCUGGUACCGGGCCAACUACAGUCUGGCCCAGAGGCUGGACUGGGGCCGCGGCCUCGGCUGUGACUUUGUCAUGAAGAGUUGCAAAUUCUGGAUGGAUCGCCAGAGACAGAGACGUCACUCUGUGACUCCGUUCUGUGACACGGUGCGAGCGUCUCCUCUGCAGCUCACCUGCAGACAGGACCAGCUGGCUGUGGCCGUCUGUAACCUUCAGAGAUAUCCUCAGGAGCUGCCGCUGGAGUACCAGUACUUCGAGAGGAUUCCUGAUAUAUCAGCUGAUCAGCUGUCGUUGUUCGGCGGUGCUGUGGAGAUCGCCGACUUCUGUCCCUUCAGUCAAGAAUUCAGCUGGCACCUGAGUGGAGAAUAUCAGAGGAACUCUUACUGCAGAGUGACCGAGAACCAGCCAGAUUGGUGGAGGAACUACGGAGCAGAGCAGUAUGGACCACACUCUGUAUGUUUGUACCAGAAGUCAGCUUUCAUCAUGGAGCAGUGCACCAGGAAGAUGACCUACCCUGACUGGGGCUCUGGAUGUUACAAGGUGUCCUGCUCGUCUCAGGGUCUCGUGGUGUUCGUUCAGGAUCGUUCCUUCCUGUGUGUCCGUAGAGGGCAGCUGCUCAGUGUCAGCGUCAGAGUCAACGACUGGGUCUAUAACGGCGUCCUGAUCUGUCCUGCCUGCACCGACUUCUGUGAUGACUGCCCCCUCCCCCACCAGCUCCCGCCCAUUAACACCUCCAGGAGUAACCCCAUUGACCCGUGCUCCAGCUCUCCUGGUCUGGUCGUCACUCUGUGGCUCCUGCUCAUCAACCUGCUGCCCCUGCUGGCCGGACUGCUGCUCUGCAACUGCAGCUGAUACACACACACACACACACUCACACACACACACACACACACACACACACACACACACACACAAAGCUAGCUGGAGACUUUGACACAUUUCCUUCUUCCUCUUCAUCAUUCCUCAAUUCGUCUACAUCUUUCUUUGUUUUCUUCAUUUGUUCUUCCUGCUCCUAUUUCUCCUCCUACUCCUCCUGCUCCUCCUCUUCAUCUGUAUCUUCAUCUCUGUCAGGGAUAUUUCUUACUGCUGCCUCAUUCAGGUCCAAAACACCCAGAACAUCAACAACCAUUCAGAUCGUUUCUAUGGCUCAGACGGGCUGGACUCUGUCUCCUGAUUGGUCUGAGCUGCAGAUGAUUUCAGAUCUUCCUGAUGUUUCAUCAGACUGUUUCCUUCCUGCUGCAGCGACUGAAGAAGUAGAUUAUUGAUCUCUGAUCUGUUCUGGAACAGAUCUAUGUGAAGAUCACAGUGAAGUGAAUCAGACUUCAGCUGCCUGUCUGUGAACCCAGAGGAAACAUCACGCUCACCCGCUGACAGGAAGUAGGAAAGCACUUUCCAUCAGAACACUUCAGGUCCAAGUAUUUCUGUGUGCAUCUGGAUGGAUAAAAGACUAAACAUUGUUUUAAAUCUUACUUUUAAGGUGAAAGGUCGGUGUACCUCCUCUGAAUGAAACAACCUCCGGAUGGAUGAACAUGUGAAGAUGUUAGUUGGAACAUCAGUUAGUGUCCCUGACAGGACUGAAACAGAUUCUAGUUUAUUUAACAACACAUAAUGACCUCAGUAUUUUAUUAAACGUGUACAAUUUAACAAUGCAGAUUAGAUUUGGUUCAGUUUUCAGACCAACCUGUUGUCUCAGUGAAUCUGACGGUGCUUCAUAUCAAAGAGUUUAACACUACAUCUAUACUGUUACAGGACAGUUUAAUUAGAACACAGUGUGUGAGAUCUGAUCAGUGAUCAGCAGUCUGAGCAGGGUGGAGGAUGAAGGCUGCGUUCACUGUCGGCAUGUUCUCACAGGUUCAUCUCAGCGCGCUGAUGUGUUUGUUCACAUCCUGAAGAGGAACCCUCAGUGACAUCUGAGGUUUAUAAGCAGGAGGUGAACCUCCUAAUGAACUUCCUGAUUUAAUCAUCACUUCCUGUUAACGUCCAGCCUGUGUGACGUGUGUGGAUGGUGGAGAGACGACUGAUGAAAAUGUGCUUGUUGUUUUUAUCUGAAGUUGAAUAUAAAGUCAGUGUGAUGGAAGGCAGCUGAUGUGUGACCCCACAGGCACAUUUAAUGAUUCAAAGUCACUUUGAGGAAGACUGAAGUCACUUCUCACUUCACAUAUCGUUUUUUUCUUCUGUUGUAUUUACUUGUUGCUCGUUAGUUCAUGUUUACCUUCAUGGUUUCAUUAUCUUUAGAUUAAACACAGUGAAGAAGAGCUGGCCUUAAUGUUCAAGGAGUGUUUUUAUUUAUUUAUUUAUUUAGUCCAAGUCUGUCUUCAGUCCGUCACAUCCUCGUGUCCCUCCUCCUUCAUGUUUCUGUUUAAUGACUCAACAGGAAGUCAGGGCAACUGUUUGUCAACAGGAAAUGGAACAUUUGUUGCUGGAAGUUUUCUGAUUAUUUAUAUGAACAGUUUUAUUGAUGCACUGUCUAUCUUUACGCUUAGUCAUAAGACUGAGAUUAUUUUAAAUGGGCAUUUCACCCUGUUGUUUUGAUCCCGUCUGAUAUUUUAGUGAAGAUGAAGACGACUGAAGCUGCAGAGUCCAGAACUCAUUCUUUAAAUCUUAAAGUUGGCUUCAGUUAAACUAUAGACCGUCCAGAUGUUCCCUGUUGUCCUUCGAUCAAACAGAUGGUAUUGAUCUUUAUUGAUCUGAUGUUCUGAUCUGCUUGUUUGUUUCUUUGUAGAAAAAGGGCUGCUUUUUAAGACAAAUCAACUCUGAGACAUUUGUCCAAAUAAACGCCGUCUGGAUGUCC